UAGCUCUUCCUGUGUCGUGUAGUUUAUUUUAUCGAGCAUUCAGAUGCCGUGUCCGCUCUGCUGUGAAGUCUGCCCGGUUGUUGACAUUGAUAAUGGAUGUUUUCUUCGUGCUAAACGCAACUUUUUCGCGGAUGUUUUCCUCUGAACUGUGUUUACUCCCCCGGUUGGCUUCGACUCGGCAUUAAGCCCGGCUGUGAUGAAGCUGCAGUGCUGUGUGGAGGUGGUGAGUCACUUGCUCCCCACGUAUGGGAUGAGAGGUCGGGGUAAGGGGGUGCGAGCGCUGGUUUCCAUCGGGAAGCACAUGGACAAGUCCAGCCAACACAGCCAUGUUUACAUGAUGGUCUGCACGGCCAAAGACAGGACAGGAAACAAGUAUAAGCUGAAGGACAACAUUGAAAAGUUUUUUACUUGGUUUGUGGAAGAAGGCAAAGCAACUGUAAGGCUAAAGGAACCAGCUGUUGACAUUUGUUUGAGCAAGGCCGAUGCAAAUAGCUUGAAGAGCUUCCUAGCAGCAGCUCGACUGGCGGACCGAGGCGGUGACACACACAGCCUUCCUCUGUCCACGCUCACUCCUGUUCGGGCCAGAGAUGUAGAGCAGCCAAAGAAGAAGCUCGCCAUCAUGUCCAAGAAGGAUUACCCCCUCACCUCCAGCUUUCCUCACACUCUGGAGCAGCUGCAGGUCUCGUACUGUAGACUGUCACGAGUGGACAUGCGCAUGCUGUCCCUCAAAGCUCUGCGCAGGCUGGAUCUGAGCAACAACCACAUCAAGAAACUCCCUGCCACCAUCGGCGACCUCAGUUGUCUCUCUGAGCUCGUCCUUCACAACAACCACCUGGAGGCCUUCAGUGAAGCCCUCUGCCUGUCCACUCUGCAGCGGACGCUCCAGGUGCUGGACCUCAGUCAGAACCGACUGCAGUCGCUCCCCGUCCAGUUUUGUCAGCUCAGAGAACUAGUCCACCUCAAGCUGGAUAACAACAAGCUUGUUUGUUUGCCGUUCCACGUUGGCCGCCUCACAAAGUUGAGGUUCCUGUUCGCUGCACAUAACCAGCUCACUGUGCUGCCUUGUGACUUUCGUAAGCUGAGUCUUGAAAACCUGGACCUGUUUGGAAAUCCGUUUGUGCACCCCAAUCCUCUGGACCACACAAUGCAGCUUACUUUCCCCCUUCCUCUACAAGAAAUCGCCUCCAGAGCUGUGGCUGAGCUCAGGAUUCCAUAUGGCCCUCACCUCAUUCCUGCCCACCUGUGUCGAGACCUUGAAGUAGCCAAGCUGUGCGAGUGUGGCUGCAUCUGCAUCAACUUCUACAUCAAGACAGCGGUGCGCAUGAACCUGCACCAGGUCUCUCACACGGUUGUAUUGGUGGACGGCAUGGGGGGCACAGACGCACCUGUGCAACGAUAUUUCUGCUCCCUCUCCUGCUACUCCGAAUUUUUAGAUAACUCUCUCCAGCGAGGCAUAAGAUGAGAAAGCA